GACAAUUCCGCCAGUCGUCGUGACGACCUCGAACCGACAGUGUCGUGAGUCGUGGUUUUUCGUGGGAAAUCGGUUCAUCUCGUUCAUUUUCGUUUUCUUUCGUUUACUACUACUACUAUCCCUUUUAUUCUUGUUCCCUUUCAGCUGAUUAUUCGACUGGUGUUGAACGAUGUCGAAGUGGCGCGAUUUAAAUCGCGGUCGAAUUCGCGCCGCGAUCGGCAGUGUCGUAGUUUGAAGAUAAAAGCGGUAUCGCUGUGUCGUUAGUGUCGAAGAUCGAGAUCUCGAAAUUAUUGCAAUUCUCGCGAAGUAGUGUAGGCGCGUUUCUGUUACGCAGAACACGGACGAUUGGGAAUUUAAACAGGUGUGUGCCAGGGCAAGGCUACUUGAAUCAAACGUGUAAAACACAAAGGAAGGAAGAAACCACUUCUGAAGUCGAUGGGUCGUGUAGUUGUGUAUCGCAGUGUCUUGUUUCGCGGUCGUGAACUCAUCGCAACGUGCAGAAAUCAUCCGAAGUAAUCACCUCGUUUUAUACUCUGCAAAACCGUAACUAGAUGGUCCCUUUAUUCAUCCUGGGAACACAAGCUCCGUGAAGGACCACUCAGAAAAAUGAGCGCAGCCGUAGAAAACGGCGUGGAGACCUCGAAACCGCGCGGCGUUUUCUCGAGGGCAUUCGCUAAACGGGCGCAGCCCUUCGAGGAAGCCCUCAAUACCUUAAACCGCUUAAACAAAGAAGGUGAAGCACUUGCCCUCGAAGAUGACCUCACAACGCACCCCACCUUGGCUUUGAUGCGGCGCAUCCUCGCAGAUGCACAGGCAAAAUUUCGCGUGAUGGUGGAGGAGAACGCAGCGACUGGCGCCCGGCUUGACGGGGAGCUGGAACGAGCCAGGGGCGAGUGUGCCACGCUUCGCGGAGAGCUGAGGGACGUUCGUGGCGCUUUGCCGGUGGUGUUGAACAAUAACAACGGCGCUGGGAACAACAACGGGGUAGCUGGGAACACUGGCAACAACAACGGAACAACCAGUGCGGGGAAUAAUGGCGGUAGCCCUGGACAAGAGGGCGGCGAACCGCAGCAACAGCCGCAAGAGGACGGGAAAAGGCUCAGCGCCGCGAGUAGCCCUGUCGAGAAGAGGAGCUCCGCCAGCGACAAGUCAGCUAGUCCUAUCGAUAAGAGAACCAGUCCUGUAGACAGAAAGGAGAGAACCAGUCCUAUCGAUCGACGAACCAGUCCUAUAGAAAAACGAAAUGGCUCGCCAAGUCGCAGUCCAAGCGAAAAAGCACGUCGACCGUACGCUCCAGCGUUGGAGAAGACGCGACUUGGUGGUUCUGGCGGAAGCGUGGACUCUCGUUCCGGAAGCGCCAGUCCGGACCGAGGAUCCAGCAAUAGAACUUUCUUCCAUCGUGGCGCUAGCGAUCGAUCGAGCGCCGAGAGACUUCGAAUAUCGGCCAGCAACCGCGACUCCUUGCGAUCAUCGAAGGAGAUGAACGACCAGGAGAAAGAUAUAGACAAGGAUCUGGUGGACGGUGAUGUGAGGGCCGAAGAGGACAAUGAACCACCUGGACCAGCCCCAGGCAGCAGACCCUCGUCGCCAGCUAAUUCCCUGGGAAUCGGUGAUCCAUUGGUAGCAUCGAGGUUAUCAAACAUUCAUGGCGGUGGUGGUAGCACCGGUUCGGUGGAACUAGCCAGCACGAGGCGACUUCGACUGGAGAAUGAACGUCUGGUGGCUGAGGUAGCAAGAUUGAGAAGAUUGCUAUUCAGUGGAGCGGCACGCGGCGAAGUUGGCUCCGAGGAUGCGGCACUCGAGGAGGAAGCACGAUUUGUUGCUCUUGAAAUGGAACUGCAACACGCCAAAGAAGCUCUUCAGGCACUUAAGGCUGAUCGCAAGAGGCUCAAGGCCGAAAAGUUCGAUCUUCUUAAUCAAAUGAAGGCACUUUAUGGCACCCUCGAGGACAAGGAACGAGAAUUACGGGACUUCAUCAGGAACUACGAACAGCGGAUGCGAGAGAACGAAGCGACUUUAGGACGCCUUCAACAGCAAGGAGUCGGCAUGCCUUCGGAGGAACGCGAACGCGAAAGGGAAAGGGAACGUUGGAGCCUGCUAAGGGCUGCAAGGGACGAGGCCGAUCGAAGUCUCAGCCUUGCGGCUAGUUUGGCCGACAAAGAAGCCGCCCUUUCGCACGCACACGCGACUAUAAAAGAGCUACAGCGUCAAUUGGCGGAAAGAGGUGGCAGCGGUGGUAUCUGCUUGAGCGACCAGGAAUCCUUGGUCUCGUUCCCGAGAGGCAGCGUGAAUGGAGCCGCGACACCGGGCGCCGGAAGUAGCAGCGGUGGCGGUGGUUGUGGUAUCAUCCCUCAUAUGAAUUCUCAACCGCCAUUAGGCAGCACAGAGCUAGGAGUGACCGUUGGGAACGUCGGCAAUGCGGCAGGUGCUGGCUCUUCCGGUGGACAGGCGGGCGAUCGCGGAAGUUGCAGCGCGGACAGUGGUGUUCGAGGAUCUAGCGACAGGGAAAGCGGUGGCGCAACCAGCGUGGGCGGAAAUCUUUCAGAUUCUACUACAGAUGGCACACCGACAAUUACGGUCGAGGGAAGCGGUCUCGACAUGGACAGCAUCUCCGUGGUUUCCUCCAUUGCACCAUCCCACAUGUACCAGUCAGCGACCACACCGAAAGAUUGCAGCCCGACAUUGUCGCCUCUGAACGCGUUCUCCAGGUCCAUGGACAAUUCCUCGUUAUCGCGAUCAGUCGAACAGUUGUCGAGUCCGUUAGAAUCAGAACCAAGAAGAAACAAGCAAAGCACACCUGUCGCGGCACCUGCCGCGCAUUCACGCUCCUCUGCGACUCGUGGAGGCACUUGGGGUUCUAUUUCUAGAGUGUUUGCCCGUACACGACAUCGAAAGGCAGCGAACAACUCGAGCGGUGGAAGCGGAAGUAACGAGGGUUCCGACAGUUUCGAUCCUUAUAGAUCAUGGUCGCCUCUCACGGAGGAAGGCUAUGCUGAAAAGCUUCGUUUACUCAGAGAAGCCGCAUCCGUACCUAUGGAAAGAUGGAGGGCACCUACAGUCUUAGCGUGGUUAGAAGUUGCUCUUGGUAUGCCACAAUAUGGUCCACGAUGCGCUGAAAACGUUAAAUCAGGAAAGGUUUUACUGGAACUAAGUGACGCAGAAUUGGAAGCAGGGUUAGGAGUGACCCAUCCUCUUCAUAGAAAGAAGCUCCGUUUAGCUAUCGAAGAGCAUCGACACCCGAGUCUCGUUCGAUAUCCAUGUAUUGCUCAAUUAGGUCACACGUGGGUCAGUUCAGAAUGGUUGCCUGACCUUGGACUCGCUCAGUAUUCUGAAAGUUUCGCAACCAACAUGGUGGACGCACGGAUGCUCGAUCAUCUGAGCAAAAAGGAACUCGAGAAGCUGCUUGGAGUAACCAGGAAGUUUCAUCAGGCCAGCAUCGUGCACGGAAUUCAUCUACUCCGCAUGUUGAACUACGAUCGUCAGGCACUCGCAGUUAGAAGACAUCAAUGCGAACAAAUGGACACAGAUCCUCUAGUUUGGACAAACCAGAGGUUCAUUCGGUGGGCGAGGAAUAUCGAUCUGACUGAAUAUGCUGAGAAUUUAAAGGAUUCAGGUGUGCAUGGCGCUCUGGUCGUGCUAGAACCAUCCUUCACCGGCGACACCAUGGCUACAGCUUUGGGUAUACCACCAGCUAAACAGAUGAUCAGACGACACCUCACCGCCGAGCUCGAAGCCCUCGUCGUUCCAGCAAGAAGUCAGCUGGAGGUGGUCCCGAGGAACAGCACCAGCGGGGGUCGUCCGAUGAGCACAGUGAGCGCGGGCGGUAGCCUCGGUCGUGGAAGCAGGGCGCUACAUCUUCAGCAUCAUCAGAGCUCCCUGUCCGCCCUGCACAUGACGACCAAUCACUCGGGCACGGUCGAUAGACGCAGAUCCAGCCUCAGGACCUGCAGUCUUCUUUACUUGAAAAAGUUGUCGUGGAAGAGCUCACAGGGAUCGUUAAGCAGAGCCUUUGGACUCCGACCCAGAAGCGAGAAGGCCUCUCCAUCUUCUUCGUCGGAUACCGGAAGCCUGGCUAGCCAAUAUAUGAGCAGCGCUCGCAGCAAUUCUCCUCCACCUCCGCAACUGCCACCUAGACCCAUCACAGGCAACAAGAGACAUCGCCGAGUGAAGAGUAUAGGUGACAUCGAUUAUAUAACAAGCGCAGCAUAUGGCUCGUAUUCCGGCUACAGCAACGUUCUGCACGGCGAUCAGUACCAGUACCAACAGACUAGUAAUUAUUAUCAACUGAAGGGCGGUUAUUACUCACCACAGAGCACCGGGCCGCCAUUUCCAGGGGUUCAGAGAUACGGAAGCUUAGCGGAGGAGGCCUGGUCGUGCACCACGAAAGACGACUCUGGCAAUCCCAAAACGAACCCCAGGACUUACCUAGCUUAGCUGGUCUCGAAAAUAUCAACGGUGAUAUCACGGUGACGAUUCGUGACGAAUCGAAUCACCUCGUUUGGUUAUGGCUAUUUUAAUUAGGCUUAGUAACCAAAGUGACGCCAAAGGGGACAGAGCUGUGAUUUAACGUGGAAGAGCUGGGCUUGCCGGAGUUGGAUUAAUGAUUAUUAACCCUUUCACUGAUGAAUUGGCGCUUUGCAGUAGAGAUAAGGAAUUAUGGUUUGGGUCGGAUUUGAAGUAUCCUCUGGGAGGAAUGCUUGAAAUGGUGUAUCUCGGAGAGUUUUUUGGAACGCAGGAUUAUUAUGAAGUUACAGAAUUGUUUAUUUAUGGAAUUUGAUAUUGGUAGGGUAUGUUAAUUUAUUUACUUUAUGAACUAUUUCAUGGGUAUAUGAUAUACAUUAUUGUCCGUAAAUUCCCUCUAUCAUUUAAUUACUGUUACUGCACGCAACUUAAUAACAUAUUAAAACCUUACCAAGCAUUCCGUUUAUCUAAAAUAUUUAUCCAGAUCAUCUAUACUCAGCUAUACUGCACGACUAUUUAAUAAGGUAAUAUCUGUUGAAUAGCCAGUUUCUAACAAACUGACAUAAACUUUUAAAACUCGCUACGUUUAUUACAUUUUGUCUGAAGACAUUAAAUUUAUUAUUUAUCUUUCUAGUACACUAUUAUACUUUAGUACGAUCUUCCACUAAAUGAAGAUAUAGAAUGAUCACUAUUAUUGAAAGAUAUCAGAAUAGGAAGAUACGAAGAAGCUUGUUUUUAUACUUCUUUCCAUAAUUGGGCAGUACUUAUGAAAUGAUAUGCAGCUGCUAUAACCCGUUAGUAUAAUCAAAAUUAAGAAAAAUAAGAGUGAAAGGGUUAAAAAAUUUCAGUGGUAUCGAAGAUUAUAUGGUCGAAAUAAUACCGUAGCGAUCGACAAACUUGGAUGAGAGAACCUGAUGUGCCUAUAUGGGGACAUAAGAAUGAAAAACACCUAUUUCAGCGUUCGCAAGUGUGAUAUAAUCGGAAAGAAGCUUGAUCUAUCGUACGAAAGAGACUCUAGCAACAAGUCCUGGACUUAGUCUGGUCGUAUUAGUAUUGAAACCCUCGAGGGAUUUGAAAGAUUACUACAACGAUUGAUCAGUUUUAAUUCCACGAAGACGAGCCAUUCUGUACAGUAAUCGAAUGCAUCUCCGAAGUGCAACAAUGCCGCAGUCAGAUACAUCCAGGACCAGUUUUAUAGCGCGUAACCUGUUAACCGGGAAAGACGAGUUAACUCGUCCUUCAAUUUGCAAAUAUCAUAAAUUUAGUAAUUUAUUUAUUCGAAGAUUCCUAUUUCUAAUAUAAUAUUGCAUUUUUAUAUCAAAAUUAAAAUUAAUACGAGAUCUUCAAUUUUUAAUUCUGUGCCAAAAAAGCUUCUGGUUAAGGAACUGCCCAGUUAACAGGUUAAUGGACAUUAUGGAUAUAAUAAUAAUAAGACAUCGGUGCAAUUUACAUCAGUAGUAUGAGCAGCAGAAGGAAAUGAUAAUGAAAUUUAUCAAAAUAAUUUACGAAUCACUGUGCAAUUUUAAUUUUUUACAGAUCGAGCCCAGGCAUAUUUAUAGAUAUUUUAAUAAAAAAGAAAAUAGUACUUGCUCCGAAUACUUAGUACAUUAAUUUUGAAUACCAUUUUUCUUCGCAUAAUGAAUAUUUUAUUUUCGUCAACCGUGUAAUUAUGUGUGGGCAUGGGAUGUGUUAAAUUGUAUUAUCCGUAAAUUAAAUUACGACUAAUACUAACGCGAUUGACUUUGCUGAGCAUACUACUGAAUUGAAGCAAAUCGGCCCAAGUUAACGAAAGAAAACGACGAACAGUAUUUAAAUAUGGGCGUUUAAAGUUACCUAGAUGGAAACUUGUAGCGAUUAUCCGUGCAGUGGAUAAUUAAUCGUUCGAAUGUACAGACUAGAAAUUGGAUCCUGUUACCAAUUUAUAUAAAUCGUCAUAAUUAGACUGCGAAUGUUUAUGCAAAUUAAUAUUUUUUUUUUGGAAACAACUAAAUAGGAACUUGUUUGUUUUGGAUAUUUGUCUAUCUUUACAUAUAACAUAUAUUUUACACAUUUAAAUAUCACAUAAGUGCAUAAAUAUCAGCAGUCUAGCAAUAAUUAGCCGCAGUACGCUGCCAAACACGAGGUUUCGAAACGACUCAUCUUCGCUCUAUCGUAUCCAGGAAUCGCAACGAAAGAAUACGACCAAUUAGGAAAAGGAAUACGUAUUUUGGACAUCGAUCGUGCGAUUUUUCGAGUCCGAGUUAUUCGUCGUUGCCCGAAAUUUUCAUUUGUACGUAUAAUCAGCAGCCGCGUUCAUGCACACAAUAUCGGUCAUCGUUUCACGUAAUUUUAAGAAUUUACUUAGCCGACGUUUAAAUCUGGAAUUAAUUAUAAGACUGUUCGAAUUUGGAAGCUCAAGAUCUUCUGGGAAAAAAGGAAGGAAUCUUAUCCUUCAAACUUGCGUGGAGAGAAGAGAAUAUUAUGAAGAGUUCUUUAAGUAAUGGAUACUAAGUGUAUCGUAGUUAAUAAUUUUAUUAUCGAUAUUAUCAAUGUUAUUGAUAUUACUAAUAUAAAUAAUUAUAGAAUAUAUUUACAUUAAUAUAAAAUUAAUAUAAAAUAUUUAUAUUGAUAUUAUUUAAUAUUGAUAAUAUUGAUAAUAAUAAUUUGAGAAUAAUUACAAGCAGAAUGUAUUAUCUUCUGCCUGUAUCUACUUAAAGAUACCGAAUCGAAGAAGCAGAAGCAGAAGCGUACAGGGGCUUCCAUCGAAUUCUACAUAAAUAUUCGAACACAUUCAAUAAACGUUCAGUAAAACUAUACACACAUAUACACAUUCCAGUGGCUGUUUCUCAACAAAAAUCACAAAACAGGAUAGGUAAAAACCUAUUUUAUUUAUCGAAGAACGGAUGUAGAAUAGUUAGCUGAAAAAGAAGAAAUCGACGACCAAACUACAGUCAGUUUUAAAAUUAAAGAAAAGAGAAAGGGAGAAAGAUAAAAAGAAAGAUGGAAAUGGACAGAACGAUAUUAUAUAUUCUGCAUUUUUGCAUAUCGUGCGUAAUCUUGCUCGAUAUUCAGGAAACCUAUUUUUUCUGCACUUUCGUUAUCGUUUUCUACGUUAGUGAUAAUUGUAUAUAAAUACAUACAUAAAACGAUACGAAGUCGAAAAGUGGUGCAGAUAUGUGAGAAAUAAAAUAUCCUUUUUCCUUUUUUUGUUUCUUCCAACGCACAUAAGGUAAACGAUGUUUGCAAAUGAUUAAAUAAGCGAAUUAAAUAAUAUCAUUUAGGGAAAUGUUUAAAACACCAGAGUUCGAAUGGUGGUCAUCGUUUAAAAAGUACGUGUUAUGAUGUAAUUAAUUGUAUAACUGUUAAACAAAAAAAAAAAAAAAAAUGAAAACGCGUGCAUGUACCGAAUAUAGUCCACGAUGUAUUUAUACAGUCGUCUGUAUACGAUAUUAAUUAUUAUAACACGCUUUAUAAUAAUUAAUAUUAAAGAAGAAAACGUCGGAUAUUCUGGAUCAUGUUCCAAAGAACCGCCAGAAUCGAAUCGAAUCGCACGUUAAAAUCCAUUAUUCUUAAUUACGCUUGCGUAACAAGACGAUAUAUUUUGUAGAUAAAGAAAUUUCAAUAAUUAAUAUUUAUUCGUAGCAUUUCUCAUUGUAUUUAUGCUCGGUGUUAAGUUAUACGAUUAAAUUGGAAAAUUUUAUAUCCGUAAAUUCGUUUAAUACGUGGACGAGUAUUAACAUCGUUUAGUGAUCGAUAAACGAUGGGUCAAUACUAAUCCACGAGUGAUCUAUUCACUCGUCUGUCCUAUACCUAAGUAAUUUAUUCGAAUAAAUUAUAGCUUAGGUUUUUAAUUUAUUAUGCGCGCACCCAUACGAUAAUCACGAUCGAUCGAGAUCGACGACAAUUGUAACAUUUGCUUUAUAAAUGUCUCUUAAACGAUAACGCGACCAAUGAUCAGUUGAAACAAUUGUAAAUGUGCUCAGUAUCGUCUGUAUAUAUUUGUGUGAGUUGUAUCUAAAUAUUUGGGAGAAACGAAAUAAACGAAUGCCUUCACUUC